AUGCGUUCCACGCCGCACGGCCCACCUCCCCAUCCGCGGACCUCCUCGGUCCGCCAGGACGCGAUUACGUACCCCUACGCCUACGCUGCACCUGGUCGACAGGCGCCGUCUGCUGGCUAUGAGCACGACGACAACACCACCGCCGAGGCGGGCCCCACACGCCGCUGCGUGCCCGGGCGCGGAAACCGAGCGAUGCCUGCAAGCAAUACUGGCCCCUAUCCUAGUGAUGUGAACCGCACUCUUUCCUACCCGGAGCCCGCGCCGGCACGCACCGCCGCGCCAGCCGUGGCGAUAAUGCAGCCGUCGUCGCCCUUCGAACAGGACCACACGCCGGUUGUGUACACGGUGCAGAACACGACCACCGACACCCACAGACACGAGACCGAGUACGGUGGGGUUCUGACAAUCCGUACGACGACCGUAACGCGCACCAUCACAGAGCGCCUCGUGGCAAGCGAUGAAGACGACGACAGCAGCGAGAACGGCGAGGUGUACCUGGACGACGCGCGAAAUGAGGCGUCAGUGCCGUCUCUGCAUCGUUGA